AUGAAUGAGUGCAUGAAUGAAUGCAUCAGGUGUCUGGCUAAUAUUCCAGGAUACCAGCUGACAGUGCCAGAGCCCGUGGUGGUGCAGGAGGGACAGAGCACCUUCAUACCCUGCAGAGUCUCCUACCCCGGGAGAUACUGGAGCAACUUUUCCCCAGCCUGGGGCUACUGGUUCAAGAAAGAGGCUAAUUAUGACCGGGAUCCUCCAGUGGCCACAAAUAACCCAUCUCGUGAAGUGCAGAAAGAGACCCAGGGCCGAUUCCACCUCCUUGGAGACCCCAGGACCUACAACUGCUCCCUGCGCAUCAGAGAUGCGCGCAACAAGGACACAGGAGUCUACUUCUUUAGGGUGGAGAGAGGCAGUGGCAUGCAGUACAAUUACAGACAGAACCAGCUCUGUGUGUUUGUGACGGCUCUAACAGAGACUCCUGACAUCCACAUCGCGGGGCCCCUGGAGUCUGGUCACCCUGGGAACAUAACCUGUGCAGUGCCGUGGCCUUGUGAGCAGGGGACACCCCCCACUUUCUCCUGGAUUGGGGUGAACCUCACUUCUACCCUGGGCCCCGAGACUCCCCGCUCUUCGGUGCUCACCAUCAGCCCGGGACCUCAUCACCAUGGCACCAACCUCACCUGCCGAGUGACUUUCCCUGGAGCCAGUGUGGCAGUGGAGAGCACCGUCCAGCUCAGUGUGGCCUAUGCACCGCAGAACAUGUCCAUCCAUGUCUUCAGGGCCAACAGCACAGCUGAGAUGAGCUGGGCACAGGGCAACCUCGCUUUGAGCCCCCCACAGACCUUGGAUGCUGGGGUGCUGGAGCUGUCCCAGGUGGCUGCAGAGGAUGGCGGAGAUUUCACCUUGGGCUCCUGCCACGUCUCCCUGCGCCUGGCUGCCCAGGGUACUUCCUGUUCCUGCACCCAAAUCUGUGGGGAACAGCAAGGGUGCUGGUCCCUAGUCCUCACCCUGCUCAGGGGAACCCUCAUGGGGGCCAGCUUCAUUCUCACCUAUGUCACCUGGAUCUACUACACCAGGUGAGCAGAACGUGCUCAGAGUGUCCUAGGUUUUCAGCCCCCAGUCCUUGAGUGUCUUCACCCAUCUUGUCCUCCUAGACCAAACCUUCCACAACAGAAGUCUCUCACCUCACCACCGUUUCCCUCACAGGUGUGAGGACUCCUGAGUGCACAGAGCCUCUCAGCACAGGGGGGCUGAGGUCCAGGCUGCAGCUCUCUGACAGGUGAAGAAGACCCACCAGGCCUCUGUGUCCUGAGACUCAGCCCUGCCCGGCUCUGUGGAACAAGGAGCAGAUAGUUGGCUUGACCCUGCCUCUUCCUCUGAAAA